AUGUCCAAUGCAAGCUCCAAGCCCCCCAGCUACAGAGAGGUAGAGAAUGACGGCCCACCUCCCUUCAGCAUCUUCGACGAAAGCCGAAGCUACACCAUACCAACCCCCUGGCAGCCCCCAGAGCAACCCCUGACCUCCACCAAGCUCAACGACGCAACGCUCCCCCUCUUCGACGCAAUCCAAGGCAUCAACCUAACCGCCAUCACCACCAUCCUCAACUCCCGCACCGCCGGCGCCCCCAUAAACCUCGAAGCGCGCGGCUUCGAGGACCUCACCCCGCUCGAGCUAGCAGUCCACCUCAACAAGCCGCGCACCGUGCAACUCCUCCUCCACGCCGGCUCAAACCCCUACCCCCGCCCCGUCGGCCCGAUCUACCCCACAAGCACAGGCCUCACCUACGACGGGUCCCUCCUCCGCCUCGCCAUCCGCCAGGGCUGGACCGAGCUCGCCGAAACCCUAAUCACCCACAGCGAGGGCCUCGUCGACGUGAACGAGAACGACCCGCGGCGCGCAAACUCCAGCCCCCUCGCCACAGCAAUCACCGGCGCAGGCGUCCACCCGCCGCGCAUCACCCUCGCCCUCGUCGCCCUGCUGCUCAAGCACGGCGCGGACCCAAACCUCCUCCUAUUCGGCAACAUGACGGCGCUGGGCUGCGCGGUGUCCUGCGCCAUGGGCCAGAGCAUGCGCAGCGCAAUCGCCAAGGGGACGGCGGAGGACGACACACGGGGCGACAUCGUGCGCAAGCUGAUCGCCGCGGAUGCGCACGUCAACGCGCCCGCGACAAACCCGCCCCUGCACUCGGCGAUCAGCUCGAUCUUCGACACGCGCGCCGUGCUCGACAUGCUGCUGCGCAAGCCCAUGAUCGACGUGAACUACACGGGGAUCAACGCGGGGAACGGGCCGAUCGAGCGCCCGGCGACUGCGCUCGUGCACGCGAUGCAGAUUGGCCGGUGGGAUGUUGCGGCGAUGCUGCUUGAGCGGCGGGGGGACCUCGAUGUGAACGAGGGGAAUCCGUUGGCGAUUGCGAUUGAGAAGGGGCAGAUUGUGCUGGUGAAUCACCUGAUGGAGAAUACGGGGGGGCGGUUGAGUGGGACGUCGUAUCGGGUUGCGCUUGAGGCUGCGAUACAGAGGAAGAAGGGGGUGACGGGGAAUGUGAUGGUGCAUGCGAUGCUUCGGGAGUGGAUUACUCGUGCGACGGAGGGGAGUCGCGGUGGGAAGUUGGAGCAGGAGCUGGACCGCUUGAAGGUGCUUGCGAGGGAGGUUGGCAAUCAGGUGGCGUGUAGCUAUGUGAGGUAUUGGAUAUGGAAGUGUUUUAAGUAG